CUUUUUAAUUUUAAAUUGAAUAAUUUUUUUUUUUUUUUUUUUAUUUAUUUAUUUAUUUUUGUGAGUGCUUUUUAGGAUGGGAGAUGUGACGUUUCAGCACCCUUUCUCCUGGCGUUUCCUUUUCUUUUCUUUUUUUAAUUUAUUUAUUUAUUUUAUUUUUUUGGUUGUCCCAGCUGAGUUUUGGGGGGACAGGAGAGAUGGAAGGUUGGGCUUUGUGUUGCUUUGGUUCCUUUGUAUUUCGGCGAAUUGUUUGUUUCUUGGUGUUAUUGUCAAGGAAGGUUGGUGAGUGUGUGCACGCGUCGCACGGAGUCCCCUUUUGUUUGGUCACGCCAGGAAAGUUCCCUUUGGGCACGAUGUCUCUCUCUUCUCUCACUCUCCUGCACUCUCUUGCUUCAGUUCUCUUCUGGUUUCAAAGAGAAAAGGGUCCGAAUUGUUGCUCUGGGGGCUGUUCUGAUCCAACCAGCGACGAUUGCUGGGAUGAAGGCGGAAUGGUGCUUAUUUCAGACCCAAAGAAGGAAAACCCAACAAUCUGGUUCUUUCUUAUUGUUUCGGCAAACGAGCCCUUUUCUUCUUUUGUCUGCGUCGAGCUGAUUCGCCCCGUGUCUGCAGGGCUUGCUUUCUCUUCCAGCCAAGGCAAUCUUCCCCGUUGGAUGUGCCGCACGGUGUGACGUGGAUCGACGGACUCCUUAAGGUGGGAAGUUGUUAUUGUAAUUUGCAGGCCGACUGUCUAUUCGCACCCGAAAAACACACUCAAUUCUCUUUCCCGACGGAUUCGCAUCCCUUCAUCGACCACUCUUUUUUCG